CCUUGAACAGAUUCCAUCCGUCGGGAGACUGGUGCGAUCGUUCGGCGCACGAGCUAUCAGUUGAUCUUGGUUCAGCUUGGCGUUACGAUCGUCAUGGCAAAAGUGAUAGAAUCCGUGUUGGGCGCACUGUUCCUUGCGGCAUUGGUUUGCGAUAAUGCUGUUUUUGUUGUUGGACAAGACGUUUGCAGGACACCAGAUCAUCGCGACGGAGCUUGCUUGCCCGUCCAGCAGUGCACGAGCGUUCGGGACGAAUUUUUCAACACCGAUCGAGUGUUGAGCGACGACGAGAUCGACUACCUGCGGAAGCUGCAGUGCAAAACGAAAGAUGUGACAAUCUGUUGCCCGGAUGGUGUAACAACGGUGGACCGUAAUCCGACAGCAGUGCGCGAUGGGUUGCCGAAUCCGAAAGCGUUCGAGUGUGGUCUGGAUACGCUUGCGGAUCGGAUCGUCGGUGGCAACUACACGGCGAUCGAUGAGUUUCCCUGGUACGCACUGCUGGAGUACGAAUCGAAGAAGGGCGAACGAGCGUUCAAGUGCGGCGGCUCGCUGAUCAACGGUCGCUACGUGCUGACGGCGGCUCACUGUCUGGCCAACAAGAAACUGGACGAAGGCGAACGACUUGUAAAUGUGCGUCUCGGAGAGUAUAACACCGCCACGGAGACGGACUGCGAGGACGGCAGUACAUACAACUGUGCUGAUCCACCACAGAACUUUGGCAUCGAGGCUCAAAUCGUUCAUCCGGGGUACGACAAAAACGGACCUUUCCAGCAUCACGAUAUUGCGCUGAUUCGUCUCGAUCGAGACGCCGUGAUGAAUAACUUCGUAUCACCGGUCUGUCUGCCGCCGGACAACUUUACACCUACCCGUCCGAGUCUGAACGUUACAGCCGUUGGUUUCGGACACACGGGACGGCAACGUCAUAGCGGCAUCAAGAAGAAGGCACAGUUCCCAGUGUUUGCCCAGGAGGAGUGUGACAAGAAGUGGAAGAACGUCGAAAUUAUCGAGCAGCAGCUGUGUGCCGGCGGUGUGUUCGGAAUCGAUUCCUGCAGUGGCGACUCCGGUGGUCCAUUGAUGGUACGACGGUUUUACUGGAUACAGGAGGGCGUCAUUUCUUUCGGCAACCAUUGCGCCCUGGAGGGUUGGCCCGGAGUGUACACAAGAGUGUCAGCUUAUCUGGACUGGAUUCGGCAAAAUAUUCGUCGUUGUGAGAGCCGCUACGAUGCCGCUUUGAUUAUGCUGAGCUACCGACCCACGGGAGCUAUCCGCGCGCCGACCCGGGAGAAGGAAGCUUUAUCAGCUGCUCGAGCGCGAUCGUCGUUCUAUUCGCUAACGGAAAGUGUCUCGGUCAAGAUCAUGCCACUCGUGGUGCUGCUGCUGGUUUGCGGUUGUGCGCUCGCGGUCGUGUCGCCGGUUGCGUUCGGUGCGGCGAUUGAUAGGGAGGAUCGACCGAUCUGGGAUUCGGUGCGUUUGUGCGACAUUCCGAACGAGCCCAAUCCGGGCGUAUGCCUACCGCCAACCGAAUGUGCCGCCUAUGGAAAGAUCAACGAUGUGUCCAGCCUCAGCUCGAUCGAGCGAUUUAGCUUCAUCAAACAGAUACAGUGCAAUGGAACGGAAACGGUACCGUACGUGUGCUGCCCUCGCAACAGUGACGUAUAUCUCGAACCUAAUGUAAACGAGACAAUGAUACCAAAGAACCGGCUCGCAAGUCGUAUCGCUUUCGAUGCUGAUUCCUGUGGCAUACAGAGUUACAUCGCGAAAAUACGAGGCGGCCAGUUGGCCGAGAUCGACGAGUUCCCGUGGAUGGCCAUGCUGUUGUACGAGCGAGAAAGCAAUGUACCGACGCAGGGAUGCGGGGGAGCGCUGAUAAGUCGGACGUACGUGAUCACUGCAGCGCACUGCGUGACCGGCAAGAACUUCCAGCAAACGAAGGGACGGCUGAAGUUUGUGCGACUGCGAGAGUACAACAUCCACACCAAUCCGGACUGUGUGUACGAGAACAACCUGAAGGACUGCUCGGAUGAUAUGAUCGAUUUACCACCGCAGGCCAUAAUUCCGCACCCGCAGUACGACUCCGAAUCGAGCAAUCAGCAACACGAUAUCGCUCUCAUUCGCAUCGAACAGACGCCCCCAUUCACUGACUUUUUGCGCUCGAUCUGUCUGCCGGAACAGAACUUCGAAACCAGUGCCACGCCGGGCAAGAAGCUCAGUGUAUCGGGAUGGGGUCGCACGGAUAUCUUCAAGGAUAAUCUCGGCCCGGAUGUACUCAGUCCGAUCAAGCUGAAGCUCAGUCUACCGUACGUCGAGCGGGACAAAUGCAGCAAGUCCUUCCGUCCGUGGUCCUUCUCGCUCGGACCGGGCCAGAUGUGUGCUGGUGGCGAACGGGCCAAGGAUACGUGUGCCGGUGACAGUGGAUCACCGCUGAUGAGCUACGACAUGCAACGUGGUAUCUGGUACAUAACGGGCAUCGUGAGCCUGGGCGUGAGAGGCUGCGGUGUCGAAGGUCUGCCAGGUGUGUACACCAACGUUCAUCACUAUCUGCCAUGGAUUAAAAUGUAUACCUCCGCUUGAGGGAUCGCGGCAUCAAAUCGUCAGGAUAAUGUUUAGCUCAUAUCUAAUAAAUCUUAAGCUGAAUCCGUUGCAACUCGUUGUGAGCUGAGCCUAAUCGUUCGCUGGGACAGUCGAAUAGCAUGAUCGUAAUAUUAGCACGCCCGGUUCGUGGUAAACGUCUGAUUAAGGAGCACUGUAAUCAUCAAUAGCCAACCAUCAAAUAAGUUAAAGAAGAAACAAUUCAUUGACCUACGCUGUCGUUGUCCUCGAGACACACAAAAGCAUUUUCUCAUCGUACAUGUUCGAUACCUGCUGCGACACGGUGCGUUUGACCUUUGCGUCCAUUGCUCGUAUUUCUACCGAGAGUCUUCAGAGUGGCGCAAGGUCACACAUCAUACAAUAUCCUUCGAGUAAGAGUAAAUGAUGUGAAAACACUCUAUCCAUCUGGUUUACUUGCACCAUGCGGUUCUGCGUGAUCCGGGCUACACGCACAACAUGCUGCGUGUCCUAUGAGUAUGAGAAAACAUUGAAGCGAAAUCCAACAUGAAUCCUUUCAUGUCCUGGUUUCGAUCGAUUUCACGCGCCAUUGCAUUGCCUUCGUAAAAGUGGGUCAAAUCGUUGCAGGAACAACAAACGUCCUUAAGGUAAAACAGCUGGACAUCCCGCACGGGUGGAUUGUCUAAGACGUUUAUUGUUGUGAAUACGGCAAUUUAGUUUAAGAAAAAUGCUUCCAAAAGCAAUAUUUUGGAUAUAUGAAACAGAUUGAUGGUGGUUAGGUAGUUACAGCGUUACAAA